GAUCAGAAAUUAGAAGACAUAUGUAACUCCAUAGACAAUUUAAAAAGAAACAUAAGCAAGUAUAAGAGGACCUUUCACUACUGCUUAAAUUUCAAUAACAUAAAAAAUGUGAUCGUUCUCACUUUGGAAGAAAUGAGCAUGAAUUCGGAUAAACUGGAAUUGAACAAAAUGCUGAAUGAGUACCUUAACAAGCUAGAAAGCCGGGGACAGAUAAAGAAAAGGCAAAAAAAAAUCAACGUGAAAAUUAUUGAUAAUAACAUCGUUCUUGACACCAAUCCUAGGAAGAAAAGAAGAAAACACGAUGGAGGAAGAAGUUACAGAAAAUAUAGCUCAAGUGAUGUUAUGGGUAAAAAAGCUGGAAAGAAAAAGAGGAAAAACUCCAGUGAUCGGAAUAGUAGCAAUUCGAGUUUGCUUCUUCAAAUCCCAAAUGGAAGGAGCACCAAGGCGAAAGAAACAGCUAUGAGUCCGAACGAGACCCAUAUCGAAAGCAACGCUGUUUUAAGGAAGGGACAUAGGAAGGAUGAUAGCGACUUGAAUAUUUAUACUGACAAUGAGAGUUGCUACGAUGGGGGGGAACUAAAUCAAAGUUACACGAAGAGCGAUUACAGCUCGAGGCACGCCAAUAAUGAUAGUCACCGCGGGACGCAUGGGCACAGGGCGGACGGACGUUUUGCGAGGGACGCCACGCUCGAAAGGGGGAGCAGGAGCCCCUACUACGACAGCACCAUCAGCACGAGCAGCAGCGGGGGGAGUGGCAGCAGUGGGAGAAGCAGCAGUGGUAGAAGCAGAAGUGGCAGAAGCAGAAGUAACAGGAGAGGGGGAAGUAAUAGAAGAAGUGGAAGAAGUGGAAGAAGCAAAAGAAGCGACAGUGGCAGUAGCAGCAGUGGCAGCGGUGACAGCUGCUUGCGCAGUGGUCGCGCGGGGAGAGCGCAGAAGAACCUGCACAGAAGAGCCAAGCGGGGAGAGAAGCGGGGAGAGAAGCGGCCAGCCCAUAAGGGAACGCCACUGCAGGGAGGAAACAACCCAAACGAAGAAAACCAAUCGGCGGAAAAUAUCCUGAUGAUGAACGAGUACAACACAGAAAGGCUAAUUUUCUUUUUCAAUCUAUUAAACGGAAAUAAUUUAUUUUACUACCUAUCACUUCACUAUUUAGUAAAGAAUGAAAAAAUUAUGGACAUUUUACAUUUCUUCCCCCUGAAGUAUCUCCUAGAUUUGCUCAUUCUAUACGAUUUGAAAGACUACAUAAAGUUCAAAACGAUUAUUAGGGUAUUUAGAAUUAUAUAUGAAUUUAAAGAUUUUUCUCCUACCGUUCAGAACCAUCUGUUUUUUAAUCGAAAGAAUUACUACCUAGACAACGCUGAUUUUAUGAAUUUCGAUUUUGUAUGUAAGUUUCUAACUAUCAGUAAGACGGACCUAUUGACAAAGAAGUAUGGCGGUGAUAAUAGGACGUGUAGGGGGGAUAGCUACGGUGAUAUAUUCCUACCGCCCAGUGUGAUGAAAAGAAAGAGAAGGAAAAAUUACGCUAUAGAGGAAGGGGAGGAGUAUUCCUUUUCCGAUGGGGAGAGAACUCAACAGAGAAGAUCAGUCAGGGAAAGAGAAAGAGAAAGAAAAAGGGAAAGAAAAAGAGGCGUUAGGGAUAACCUUUUACAUUGUGUAAGAAGCGCCUUCUCCGUCCUGAACCUGAGGAAUACAGUUAGAAGCUUUCCAACUUUGAUGAAAAAUUUACUGAACAGAAUUUUAAUAAGUCUAAUAGGAAAAUAUAGCUACCUAAGGAACGACCAGAAUGGGAAGGAACAUAAAAGUAUAACUUAUUAUGCUCUCCGAUUUAUCUUCAAUAACUUAAAAAAUGUAACUCUGGGAUAUAGCAAAUCGUCGUACUUCAGUUACACCAUUAAUGACCCAAUAGAACUUUAUAACAUGAGCAUCCACAAUUUUAUCCUGUAUCAUAUCUACGAUUUGGCUGUCCGAACCAAAGAAUUGACAAUAAAAAGCUCCUGCUUCAAAUUGUUGAAAUAUUUGCUAACUGAAUAUUAUUACUACCCGGAUGUUUUCAACGAAAAGGCACAUGAAUUAAUUAAUUCUGAUAUCAAACUGAAUAAUUUGUUUGUAAAAAAUGUCAUUCUGGAUUUUGUUUCCUUCAAUAUUAUGAUCUGUCACCUUCAGAAAGAACUAACAUCAGAUGUGAACGUAUUGAACCACCUGGACCUUUUUAAUUACUCUAUUAAAUCCAUUGCCAAUUAUUUAAUAGGGUACAAAAAUAAUUCCAUUUUUUUUCUCAUGGAUAAGAAGAUGGUAAAAUCGCUACUUAUUAAAUUAACCUUCAUGAUGCCAUUUAUUUAUAAAUUAAAAAUCCCAGCAUGUGUUGUUAGACUCUACAUUCGAGUUAUUAAAUCUUUGGACAAAGACAUUCUAGACAUGAUUCACAAUUUUAAUAAAAUAGAGCUUAUAUACGACAGCUUGUUCUACAUCAUCAUACGCCAUUUUAUUUACUUCUUUUUAAAUAUGAAUAUUGAAUUAGAUGAGGAGGCCUCUAAUAUUUUGUCCUCCACAUAUAAGAGCGGCUUGUCGAGGAAUUCCUGGCACGGUGGUAGCCACAUUAGGGUAACCAACGAGGGGGAGAAUCCAGUGGAUGGUCAGCCCAGCGAAAAGAAUAAUGACAGUGGGGACUUUUUCGACAAUUUGGACGAUGAAGAUGAAGGUAAGCAACAUGGGGAGAGAGGAGAGUCACCGCAGGGGAAUAAGAGGUACCUCACCGUGGAGGACGCGUACGGUGAGGAGGAGCAACAGCAGCAGGAGCAGCACUCGAGCGACAGCGAGGGGGAGAUCGACCAUUCGAGCUCGGAGGCCUCCGGUGGAGCGGCCAGCGGCACCGUUAGCGGUGACGAUAGCGGGAAUGAUCGCGGUGACGAUAGCGGGAAUGAUCGCGGUGACGAUAGCGGGAAUGAUCGCGGUGACGGUAGCGGUAAUGAUCGCGGUGACGAUAGCGGGAAUGAUCGCGGAGACGAUAGCAGUGAUGAUCGCGGUGACGAUAGCGGUAAUGAUCGCGGUGACGAUAGCGAUGGGGAAGACAGCGCAAACGCUUUGCACUGCGCCGCCCAAGGGACGGAAAACACAGCCAACACAAACAGCAUGUCAGAUGUCCAGUACCUCCGAAAAAUUAUAACCGAAAACGGAAGCUUCAACUUGGAAAAUAACUACUUUGUUAAUUACUCCCUGUACAUCCUUCACAAGGAGCACUAUUCUAUUUACGUUUUUUUUUCCUCCUUUUUUAAAAACGUGCUCAAGGAGUAUAGGGAGAUAUCGCGUGGGCACACAUGA